CGAUGAAGAACAUAACAUAUCAACAAGGUGGGGAUCGAAGUAGAAGAGAAAGAGUAGAGGAAGAGAGUAUAGAAGCUCGUCUCUACCAAAUAAACUGCCUCAACCAUCGUGUGCUUUCUUUGAGACAUCAAGCAGAGAAUUUCGGGCAAUCUGAUGAAGUAGAGGAGUUCAUUACAGACUGUGAUAGUAUGCUAAAUGAACUCCGGAUGUUGGGUGCAGAGACAGAGACAUUUAAGGUUCCUAUGCGAACAUUAAAUAAUUACAAUUUAGAAGAACUGUCCACCAUAACUGUUUCAGCUCAUCCAGUUAAUGAUGUUGGUAAAUGCCCAAUAUGCAUUGAUGAUUUUGUAUUGGGUGAAGAGGUAAUUGAAAUGUCUUGCCACCCCCACCAUAUAUUCCACUGUCACUGCAUUCAACCAUGGCUGCAGAAGCACUCUACUUGUCCCACCUGUAGGAGAGAGAUACAUGUGAACAAACAAAAGUAAAAUAUGA